GAUGGAACCAUGCCUCGCAAGAUUGAGGAGAUCAAGGAUUUCCUGCUGACGGCGCGGCGGAAGGACGCCAAGUCUGUCAAGAUCAAGAAGAACAAGGACAAUGUGAAGUUCAAGGUGCGCUGCAGCCGGUACCUCUACACCUUGGUCAUCACUGACAAGGAGAAGGCUGAGAAGCUGAAGCAGUCCCUGCCCCCAGGUCUGGCCGUGAAGGAGCUGAAAUGAGCUGGGAUCAGCUGUUUGAUUCUCUGUGUUUGUUAAAAUAAAUAAAAAACCGUUCCUGGUGUUA